GCACAGGGCAGGUUUGCCUACAAGCUGCUCCACGACCUCUUUGCCAACUACUCCAGCGCCCUGCGCCCCGUGGAGGACACGGACCGGGCGCUCAACGUCACCCUGCAGGUCACCCUGGCCCAGAUCAUCGACAUGUGAGUGGCUGGACAUGGCACUGUCCUUGUCACACUUGGCCACCUCUGGCCCAGGCUCUGCUCUCCCCCCGAGUGGGUCCUGCUGGACCCAGAGCUGAUCAUCCCUUGAAGCCCAGAGCUCUGGUGCCCCCAGCUCAGCUCAGACGCUGACGACGGCUUCGGGGGCUCGAUGGAGACCAACGUGGUGCUGCGCUCGGACGGGCACAUCACGUGGGACUCGCCUGCCAUCACCAAGAGCUCCUGCAAGGUGGACGUCUCCUACUUCCCCUUCGACGGGCAGCGGUGCCGUCUCACCUUCGGCUCCUGGACCUACAACGGGAACCAGAUCGACCUGCACAACCGGCUGGACACCGGGGACCUGAGGGACUUUGUGGAGAACGUGGAGUGGGAGGUGCUGGGCAUGCCAGCCACCCGGAAUGUCAUCACCUACGGCUGCUGCUCCGAGCCCUACCCCGACGUCACCUUCACCCUGCUCCUCCGCCGCCGCGCCUCCUUCUACAUCUUCAACCUGCUCCUGCCCUGCAUCAUGGUCUCCUUCCUGGCACCCCUGGGCUUCUACCUGCCGGCCGACUCGGGGGAGAAGGUCUCUCUGGGGGUGACGGUGCUGCUGGCCCUCACUGUCUUCCAGCUGCUGGUGGCAGAGAGCAUGCCACCCUCAGAGAGCGUCCCGCUCAUCGGGAAGUACUACAUUGCCACCAUGACCAUGAUCACAGCCUCCACUGCCCUGACCAUCUUCAUCAUGAACAUCCACCACUGUGGCCCAGGGGCCCGCCCUGUGCCCCCCUGGGCCAGGUGGCUCAUCCUCCACCACCUGGCCCGGCUCUGCUGCGUCUACGAGGUGGGUGAGAGCUGCAAGACCCCCCGGCAGGCACCGGGCAGGCAGGAGGGCAGGGGGGACCCCGGGGUGCUGGGGGAGAGCCCUGGGGAAGGGGAGGUGGGUGCUGAGGCUGGGGGCUGCCCCCGGGACCACUGCCUGUGCCACCACGAGGGCCUGUUGAGGAACGUGAACUACAUCGCCGGGUGCUGCCGCCGGCAACGCGCGGGGCAGCGCCGCGCCGGGGAGUGGAAGAAGGUGGCCAAGGUGAUGGACAGGUUCUUCAUGUGGGUCUUCUUCCUCAUGGUCUUCCUCAUGAGCCUGCUGGUCCUGGGCAACGCUGCCUGA